AUGGCGGAAGUUCUCCCUGUACAACUGCCCGACGGGCAAUCGUAUUUUUCCCCCUCGCCCCUGCGUCGCUCCUCGCCCUCUCAGCCGUCUUUUCUGGUAGCUCCUUCCGGGACUUAUUCUCCAAGUCGCCAUCCAAGAUAUCCGCCAGCUGAGCUCAAUGAGUAUGGAACAACUACUACUUCUUUGCCCGCGUCGACGUCUUCACCCCUACUCCACUCUUCCGAGCCUCCUCAACCCACUCCAAUCCGGAGAUACUACCAGCCUCACAAUACCAGCCGUCUAGUCCACGACUCGUCGUCAGACGACGACGAUGACGACGGCCUCUCCUUCCCUUCUUACAAUGACAGCUCGUCAUACACCGACACGUCGUCAUACGACGAUGACGACAAGACCGAGGCCUCUGUCACAAUGCACUCUUCCGGUAGCGACUCGGCUGUCUCAACCAACAGUUGCUCCACGCCCGAACCGUUACCGGUCGCCGAAGAUGACACGGCCAUCAAACCGGAACCCUCGCGCCACGUCGACUACCUCUCGCACGACUGGAAGGAGGAAGACAUCUGGUCGUCAUGGCGACACAUUACCACAAACCGCAAAACGUACGGCCAAAGAUCAAGGCUAGAGAAUGCGUCUUGGCGGACAUGGGCGAAGUCGAAAUAUAGGUUACGGACGGUUUCGCCUGAGACGCUCAACUGGCUCAAGGAUUGUGACGUAACUUGGUUGUACGGACCGUUGCAAACGUCCAACUCGUCUUUCGCCAAUCACGUCUCGGAAGCCUCCAGCCACAUAUCGAAAAAUAACUCGUUCAUCAAUAAGAAACCGAUUCUCAAGAAGCGAAGCAUGUCGGAAGUGAUGCUUCAGCGAUCUAUAUCCAGCUCAUCCUUGCUAAAGCAGGCCGCCGCAGCAGUGCAAGCGCAACAGGAGGAUAGCACACCGACAGUGCAGCUCCAGACCCGCCCGCAUUACCCCCGGGCCGCGUCGAGUAUAAUGUCAAUACCUUCAAAAUCAACAAGCAGAGAAGCCACCGACUACUUCACCUCGCGCUCCACGUCCGGGAUCAGCACCCCUGGCACUGGCGAGAAGAAACACAUCCGCUUUGACGAAAAGGUCGAGCAAUGCAUCGCGAUCGACAACAAAGACGACAACGACUACGAGAACACCUGGGCCCUCAACGACGACUCGGACUCGGACUCUGACGACUGCCUUGAAAUUAAGGCGAAACCCAGCAGACGCAUAUCGCGCAGCAGUUCCAAGAACAACAGCGGGCCUGAAAACAAAACCAUUGCCAAGCUCCCGGACACCACGCUGAAAUACAGGACCGAGUCGCCCGACGUGACAGACCAGACACCGGCGCACUCGCUGGGCCUCUGGCGCUCGAGCGCACUGUCGCCGUCGUCAUCGCAAGAGACGCUCCGGCCGUCGCGGCCAUCAAGCAACUUCCUGCUCGGCGAGGACGACGACUCUGACGACGAGGCGGAUAUGAACUGGGAGCCGUCAUUCGCGGGGCGGCGGGACAGCGUUGCCGUCACGCGAGCACACCAGCUGAGCGAUCACAAUGAUGGUUCCGGGUCCGCGGCCGAUUCGGAGGCGGCAGGCGCUUCCUCGGGCGGGCUUCGGCGCACGCCGUCAGGAAUGUUCAUGCCGUACGAAGAGGACGAGGACGACAUUGUCGCGGCAGGCCUGUUCGGCAAGGUGGUCGAUACGGUGAACACGGCCAAGGACAUCGCACACGUCAUCUGGAACGUUGGCUGGCGCAGCUGA